AAUGGAGAAGGGGGAGAGUUUGGGAUAGAAGAAGGGAGAGAAUUGAGGCAGGGUAGGCUGGACUGGAGGGUGAUCUUAUGAUUUUCAUUAACAAUUAAUAGCACAUUGGCAACCCUAAUGCUAAUUAAAGCAGGUUCAUGAGCUAUUCAGACCGUAGAAUAUCUUUGCAGAGACACAUUUAUGAUUGGGGUCUUUGGGUACAAUUCAGAAUAAGCAUGAGGGCAUUGACUGCACUUUGUCCCCCUGGGUGAUGCUUGCUGUGCUGAGUUUGGUUCAAGAACGUGAAUAAUACAAUGUUUCUAAGUGUUCCCCUAAACAGAAGCAUAUGUAUUGUUUGUAUAAGACUUUGGAAUGAUGGUGUAAACCUGGAGUAUAAAAGCCUCCCCGAAAGAAUGAAGCUUUCUAGAUCUGACAAGACCUCCCCAUGUGUGCCCCUGCUGGGGGUUCUAUGAGCCAAGGUAUUGGGUUGAGAUAUUUGCUUCUGAUAAGAUUUUAUAUCCUUGACCAUUAAAUUGAGAUCUUAAUCUAGUUCCUAGAAUGUGUGAGAUCUCUUUCUGUCAAUCUAUAGCCCGCUGGAAACAUUUCUAUAUAGGAAAUCUGAAACAUAACUUAAACUUGGGAGUGGCACCAAGUGGGAUGGGCUUGUUUGUCUUAAUCAUAAAAUGAAGAAUUUUAGAGCUAUAUAUUUCAUUGCAAAUCAGUAAUCCAUCCUUCUCAUUUGAGAGAUAAGAAAACAGGCUGAAAAAGUUUCACUGGGUUGCUGUUGGUCGUACCUGUAGCUAGCAGCAAAACCAAGUGUCUGAACGCUCCUACUCUAGUGUUCCCUCUGUGGAGCAGGGAGGGAUAAGUAAAGGGGUAAAUAAGUAGAGUGUAUUGAACCCAGGUCUGAUCUAAAACCAUGCCUGAAGCUAAAACCCAUGCUCUUAAUUAUUGCUUGUUACUUCCCAUUCCCUCCUUAACCCACACCCAGGUCUGGCUUCUGUUUCCACCGUUCUGUUCAGUCUCCUCUGGGAGAGGUCGCCAGUGCCAUGAGUGGGGCUAGAGGGCAGCUCCAUUGUUCUCAAGGCAAAGCUUUACUCCUGUUUUGAUGCUGCAUACUUGAGGUUCCAGUUCUUGUCCAAGACCAAGAUACUCUCCAGGAGCAGAUGAGCACUCCAGGAACAGCACUUCCUCAUGCACCCACUGGCAGCCACAUAUCAGCUGAAAUGCACCCAAAUCCUCUUACUAACCCAGUGGUGUUUAACCUCCAGGAUCCUCAACAUGAUUCUCCUGCCCAUGAGGCUUCUGCCCUUUCCCAGGAAGAAAACCCAAGAAAUCAGUUAAUGGCACUCAUGCUCCUGACAGCUCAGCCCCAGGAGUUGGUGAUGUUUGAGGAGGUAUCAGUAUGUUUCACUUCAGAGGAAUGGGCGUGUCUGGGCCCAAUUCAGAGGGCCUUGUACUGGGACGUAAUGCUGGAGAAUUAUGGAAAUGUGACCUCCCUAGAAUGGGAGACCAUGACCGAGAAUGAGGAGGUGACAUCAAAGUCAAGCAUAUCUCAAAGAGCAGAUUCUCAGAAAGGAACAUCAAAAAGGCUUCAAGGAGGUGUUCCCCAGGUCCUUAAUUUUGAGGAAGAGUGUGAAUGGCAAGUUUCGGCAAAUCAAUGGCGAAAUGAAACAAGGGAAAGAGAUACAUUGAAGAAAGUUUCCUUCUGUGAACAAGACAAGAAGAAAAGGACUCCACCAGAAAAACGAAGCCAAAAGUGGAAGGAAUUUGGAGAAAGCCUAAAUUUAGGUUCAGCUCUUUCUGAAAGUUUAAUAGAUACUGAAGGAAAGAAGUGUCAUAAAUGUGAUAUAUGUUGUAAACAUUUCAAUAAAAUCUCCCAUCUUAUAAACCAUCGGAGAAUCCACACUGGUGAGAAACCUCAUAAAUGUAAAGAGUGUGGAAAAGGCUUUAUUCAGCGCUCAAGCCUUCUAAUGCAUUUACGGAACCAUUCUGGGGAGAAACCUUAUAAAUGUAAUGAAUGUGGGAAAGCCUUCUCUCAAAGUGCUUACCUCCUAAACCAUCAGAGAAUCCAUACUGGAGAGAAACCUUAUAAAUGUAAGGAAUGUGGAAAGGGCUUCUAUAGACACUCAGGCCUUAUUAUACAUCUAAGGCGCCAUUCUGGGGAGAGACCUUAUAAAUGUAAUGAGUGUGGGAAGGUUUUUUCUCAGAAUGCUUACCUCAUUGACCAUCAGAGGCUCCACAAAGGAGAAGAACCCUAUAAAUGUAACAAGUGUCAGAAAGCUUUCAUUCUGAAGAAGAGUCUCAUUCUGCACCAGAGAAUCCACUCUGGGGAAAAACCCUAUAAAUGUGAUGAAUGUGGAAAAACCUUUGCUCAGACCACUUACCUUGUUGACCAUCAGCGACUCCACAGUGCGGAGAAUCCAUACAAAUGUAAAGAAUGUGGGAAAGUUUUCAUUCGGAGCAAAAGCCUCCUCUUACACCAGAGAGUACACACAGAAAAGAAGACCUUUGGUUGUAAAAAGUGUGGGAAGGUUUUCAAUUGUAAAUCAAACCUCAUUGACCAUAAGAGGAUGCAUAGCAGAGAGAAGCCUUAUAAAUGUACUGAAUGUGGGAAAGCCUUCACUCAGAGUGCUUACCUUUUUGACCAUCAAAGACUCCACAAUGGGGAGAAGCCCUAUGAAUGUAAUGAGUGUGGGAAAGUUUUCAUUCUGAAGAAGAGCCUCAUUUUACAUCAGAGGUUCCACACUGGAGAGAACCUCUAUGAAUGUAAAGACUGUGGCAAGGUCUUUGGUUCCAACAGAAACCUCAUUGACCACGAGAGACUCCACAAUGGGGAGAAGCCCUAUGAAUGUCGAGAGUGUGGGAAAACCUUCAUUAUGAGCAAGAGUUUCAUGGUCCAUCAGAAACUCCAUACACAGGAGAAAGCCUACAAAUGUGAGGAUUGUGGGAAGGCUUUCAGUUACAAUUCAAGCCUGCUUGUACAUCGGAGGAUCCACACUGGGGAAAAGCCCUUUGAAUGUGGUGAGUGUGGAAGAGCUUUCAGUUCCAACAGAAACCUCAUUGAACAUAAGAGAAUUCACAGUGGUGAGAAACCCUAUGAGUGUAAUGAAUGUGGCAAAUGCUUCAUUCUGAAGAAAAGUCUCAUUGGGCAUCAGAGGAUUCACACAAGGGAAAAAUCGUAUAAAUGCAAUGACUGUGGGAAAGUCUUCAGUUACCGCUCAAACCUUAUAGCCCAUCAGAGAAUCCACACUGGCGAGAAGCCCUAUGCGUGUAGUGAGUGUGGGAAAGGGUUUACUUAUAACAGAAACCUUAUCGAGCAUCAGAGAAUUCACAGUGGGGAAAAAACCUAUGAAUGUCAUAUAUGUAGAAAAGUCCUUACCUCUAGUAGAAAUCUUAUGGUACAUCAGAGAAUCCACACUGGAGAGAAACCUUAUAAAUGUAAUGAGUGUGGAAAAGACUUUAGUCAGAAUAAAAACCUUGUUGUACAUCAGAGAAUGCACACUGGGGAAAAACCAUAUGAGUGUGAGAAAUGCAGAAAAUCUUUUACUUCUAAGAGGAAUUUAGUUGGCCACCAGAGAAUCCACACAGGGGAGAAACCAUAUGGGUGUAAUGAUUGUAGUAAAGUUUUUAGACAAAGAAAAAACCUUACUGUACAUCAGAAAAUUCAUACAGAUGAAAAACUCUGUGAAUGUGAUGAGUCUGAAAAAGAAUUCUCUCAGUCUUCAAACCUUCGUCUUCAACACAAAAUCCACACCGUGGAGGAAUUCUCUUGGCUCCAAAAUGCCAAUGAGUCCAAGAUAGAGAUUCAGAAAAUCUAG